UUUCAGCUCUUACACCGACCUUAAUUUCCAUAUGCCAACAGAUUUCGUAUAAUUUUAUGCUUCCUUUUGAGAAUAUACCUGAUGAUUUGGUUCCGCUCACUGCACAUUUCAAGCACCUGCUUACUUACGCUACACCAAUACAACCUUUAUUUUUCUUCCUUGAUUCAAUUGAUCAAUUGACUGGAACAGCGGAUAAAGUUUCUUGGCUGCCAACUCGGAUGCCGCCAAAUUGCAAAAUUUUAUUAUCAUGUGCUAACGAAGAGGCCAAUCCAACUGUGUCAAGAGAAUAUCACUUAUUGAGACGAUUAAUUGAUAUUGAUGAAAAUUUUAUUGAAGUACGUGAGUUGGGAGAGGAUCUCGCAAUGAAUGUAAUAAAAAGAUGGAUGAAUACAGCUUGUCGUGAUUUAAAUAAUUUUCAGUGGCGCCUUGUCGCUAAUGCGAUUGCUAAGUGUUCACUACCAAUAUUUGUAAAACUAGUUUUUGCUGAAAUUUGCCGUUGGCGAAGUUAUACUCGCCCUCAGGAGACGCAUUUGGCAAAUACUGUUAUGGAUUCUAUUAUGAUGUUAUUCGAGCGGAUUGAAAAACAACAUGGGCGAAUAUUAGUUUUCCAUGCAUUGGCUUAUAUCACUGCAGCAAAGAGUGGGUUAUCUGAAAGUGAACUUGAAGAUUUAAUUUCUCUAGAUGAUAAGGUUCUCGAUGAUGUAUAUCAAUACCAUAUGCCCCCAGUUCGUCGCAUUCCACCACUUUUAUGGACACGCAUUCGAAAUGAUCUACCGAAUUAUUUAAGUGAACGUGAAGCGGACGGGGUUAACGUUAUGAAUUGGUACCACAGACAGUUUAGAGAUACUGCGAGAGAAAGAUACUUCAAGAAUUUAAACAUGGCAGUUUAUUUUCACUCAUCUAUUGCUGACUAUUAUUUGGGUAUUUGGGGCGGUGGCAAACCAAAACCAUUUAAAUUUACAGAAAUUCAACGACAUCGGUUCAAUCUGACUGAUAAAGAAGGUUCAGCGGAUAGAAAAGUACCAAUACAACCAUUGGCAUUUACAAAUAAGGAAGGUGUUAUAACUCGAUAUAAUCUCAGAAAGUUCGGAGAGAUGCCAUAUCAUAUGGUUCGAUCAAGGCGAUUCAAAGACCUUUAUGAGCACGUGCUUUUCAAUUAUGAAUGGUUGCAUGCAAAAUUAUCAUCAUGUCCGCUCCAAGCUGUAUUAGCGGAUUUCGAGGAUGCUUCCAUAAAUACUGAUGAUAAGGAUUCAAAAAGAGAGAUGAUGCUAGUCGCAGAUGCGCUUCGUUUAGGUGGUGCUAUUCUUGCUCUUCAUCCAAAUAUGCUGGCUGCACAAUUAAUUGGACGAUUACUGCCGGAAAUAGGUGGUAACCCAAAUAUAUUUAUGUUACUAAAGGCUUGUGACAAUAAUGGACCCAAAGAUUGUGCAUUGAUACCAUUGAAUCAUUGUUUGCAUACACCCGGUGGUCCAUUGAAGUAUUCUCUCGAAGGCCAUCAAUUUGCCGUAUUCGGAUUUGUUUUGACCAAUGAUUUGAGGUAUAUGGUGUCAAUUUCGACUCGUUUCAUUACAUGGGAUUUAUCGACAUCUGAUCUACAACGAGAUGUUAAUCCAGGAAUUGAAGGCAUAAUGCAGCAAUUAAUACUUAGUCCAGAUAACAAAUGGGCUGCAGCCUAUUCAAAUAAUAAUCAAACCGUUCUGCUCAAUAUGCUAUCAAGUGAAUUUGUUAUAAUAGAGAAUCCAUUCGAUGGAAACAAUUGUGUAACAGGAGUUUUUUUACUGAAUCAAAAUCUUUUCAUUCAUACAAAACGUAAAUGGGCUUCUUUUGAUAUGCGUGGCAAUUUUAUUGAACAUUUCGAUGCGGUGGACGUGGAUGAUGAAUGGGAAAUUCUGAUGAUGUAUAUGUUUGAGCCAACUGCUUAUCACAUUAUUUAUUGGUCAGGACAAUUAACAGCCGAAUCUGGUCGUCUAAGAAUUGAUUCAUUUUUAAAUGGUUCUCAAGCUACACCUCUCUCAUAUCAUAGCGUUUUAACAUCAAACAAACAAUGGAAUCGUGUGUUUUGUUGUACAAAACCAAAUAACUAUUCAGUUUCAGAAUAUAAAUAUUUUCAUGAUGAAGAGAAAAAUAUUUACUACUGGAAACAUCAAAAAGAUCUCGAUUGUUACGAUAACUACGAAAAGGAAGCACUUUUGCAAUUAAAAUUGGAUCAACGUGAUCGGUUUUUAAUUGGAACCGCUGGAAAAGGAUUCAUUGUGUGGGAUUUCAAUAAAGAAAACCGAAUUGGUAUCGGAGCUAUAUACCUACCGCUACCGCAUAGCGUAAGAAAUAUUUCCACAAGAAUGAUGACAUCAAAUUCCAUGAUGAUUAGUGGAAAACAUGAUUAUGCUGUGGCUGGCGUCCGGAAAAAUUUAUACGUUUGGUGUCUACAAUCGCGUCAAUUGGUUAAAGUAUUGGAUGCUCAUUUUGGUCGCAUUAUACAAUUAGAACCAUUAACUAUAGGUAAUUGGAAUUGUGCCAUAACAUCGUCCAUAGAUCGUAGUGUAAAAGUUUGGAACAUUAAUAAUAUCUUCGAACCUGUGCAUGCCGGUUUUAGCAUAUUUGAGGCCUAAAAACACGAUAUGGACCAUUGGUUUGUUCAAGUAGGGAACCAUGGCGCUACAAAUUCAUUGGGAAGAUACCUCAAUGGACCCAUUUUGGUGUAUUUUGAACGAU